AUGAGCCAACCAGGCCAGCAACCUUCGCAGGCGCAACUGGCGCUCGCAAUCGCCAUCGUCAACGCAAAGCCAGCCGCUGUGCCGGUCCUGGACCAUAUCAGCCACAUUCGCUCUCACAUCAAAAGCUCCAAAAGCCAUUUCGAUUCCUACAACAAGUAUUUCGAUAGCGUGACCUUCUGGAAGAAUGCGUACACCAAGGCCGAAGACGAGCAGAGCAAGCUGAACAACCGCAUCUAUGAGCUGGAGCAGCGCGUUGAGUCUCUCAAGGGAAAACUCAAAGAUGGCAGUGUGGAUUCUACCCCAGAGCGUGGCAAGCGCGAAGCAAGCAAGGACCCGAGUCCUUUGGGGUCACGAGUGAAACGGCAGAAGACGAGCGCUGCGCCAGUAGUCAUUGGAGUAGGGCUGGAACAGCUAGACGAUGCCAUCAGUCGUUUACGCUCCGAAGAAGCAUCGGUCGGUUCGCUGCUACGGCAUCUCUUGAUACUGCAGCAGAACAUGCGCAAAAAGCCAAACUGGGCGGUCCUUUGCGUGAAUACGAUAAACGUGUGCAAAGCCGCCGAGACGGCUGUUACCUCAAUCUGCAAUGACAAACAAAAGACGACGACAGAACGCGAUCCAGUGACCAUUCUCGUCAUCGUCGAAGAAUCCCAUAGAGUGACAUGUCAGUGUAUCAACAAGAUGCUGCGUUCAAACGAAGGGCAAAAGUAUGAGGGUCAGGCUACGUACUACUUGGUGUCUUUUUUCGAGGUGGCUUUGCACGCGCUGGACAAGCUGUGCCGGUUUCAGGCACUUGAAAAAGACAAAACCAAGCAGAAUUCAGAAAAGGCAACAUCAAAAAACGCAGGAACAAAACAACCAAAGGCUCCCGAGACAAAUACCCCUGACGAGCUAUCAGAAAGCGUCAGGCAUCUGGUUGCGGGCAUGCUGCUGACAUCAACAACCGUCAUUGCCAAAUACGAAAAUGUCCUUGAGGGCUACCUCUUUGUGCUCCUGCGCCGAGUGGGCACUGUUCUUUCUGCCAUUGAAUUCAACGAGAUGGUCUCCAAUCCCGAGCUACAAGCUAGCGAAACCAAACUCCCCUUACCGGAUGGUCUUGUUCGUGCAGGCUGUUCCGACGCUGUGUCUUUUCAAGCCUCUCAAUUUGAGGCAAUUCACCUUGCGUGGCUGUUGGAAAAGGCCGUGGCGCUAGUCUAUUCGCUUUCAAUGAAAUCGCCUUUUAGCGUUUCUGACGGGCCCAAACCUGACCAAAAUCAAAAGGAGUCGCUUCUGCGUUUCACCAAGAAGAAAAUGCAACGUACGCUACUCAAGGCGGUAUUCAGGGAAGACGAGCCUUUGUUUCUCGACUCUCUGAAAAAACGGCCACAGCCGGGCAAGAUAUCGGUUAUGGACACAGAAGAUGAGAUGGACUCGGAAUGGUUUUCGCGAGAAGUAUGGAGAUUGCUAGGGUGGGAUAUACUUGAAUCUAUCUGGAAAUGA